AUGUUCUCGCUUUUUUUCUCUAUUAUUUCGCUCGUAUUCUCUUCUAACUUCAGUCGAUCUUUCCUUAUUUUUCUGUUUGUAGUCUUUCAUAUAUUCUUGCCAUUUUUCUUUGUUAUUUUGGUAGUAUUCUUUUCUAACUUUAUCCAAUCUUUCUUUAUUUUUCUGAUAAUAUUCUUGCCAUUUUUCUUUGUUAUUUUGGUAAUACUUGCGAAUCUUAUUUUCAUUCUUUUGUUCGUAUUUUUCUUUUUUCUCUAGCUUUUCUUCCUCAUUAUUUCGAAUUUUGUCCUUUUUAGUGAUUUUAGUAAACUUAGUAUUUAUAGCCUCAUUAAGAGUAGAUUGAGAUGGAGCAUCUUUUUGUGGAUGAAUAUUACCCUGAUCAAACUGAACGUUCUCUUUAGAAACAAUCGGCUCUUUUCCUUUAUUUC